AUGCACUUCCCUUUGUGUGUGUGUUUUUGGUCAGAUCAUGCAGUUGCUGGAACAGAGUCACAACUUCGAAUUCAAAGUCUUGGCAACUUAGACCAAACAAAGGAGAGCAAAGCCGAUGACGGUAAAGCCGUAUCCAGCGUCCACCACAGGCACUAUCCUUCGCCGCCGCCAUCGUCGCCGCCGCCGCCACAGUACCCGCCACUUCAGUGCGGAGCCUUCCAAGGCAUCUCCAACAACCAUCCGGCUCCUCAACCGCCAAUCAGCUACCAUCAGGCGGUGCCAUCUCCAGGCGCCGUCAACACAUCUCAUCCUCAUGGUUAUGCAGUCACUGGAGGAAUGCCUGUGACAGAGAGUCAGCUUCCUUGUUGUGGUAUUGGCUUCGGUUGGUUCAUGUUUAUAAUAGGUUUCGUCCUUAGUCCAAUCCCUUGGUACGUUGGAGCAUUUCUACUUUUUUGCAAAAUGGACCCCAGAGAGAGAUCUGGACAUAUUGCUUGUGCAGUUGCGGCUGUUCUUUUUACGAUUGCCAUUAUUGCCAUUAUUAUUAUGGUGAAAAACACAGGAAGUGGUGGCUCUCGUUAAUUUCAGAUGAAGAGUUAUGAAGUGUGAUAAAUACUGCAACUUGCACUUUGGGUAUACGUCUUUACUUAAUUAAGGACAUAUUCAUGUGUUGUUGGUAACUCCCUCCACUUGCAAUUUGUCUCGUUUGAUUUGUCACAACUUACAUCGUGGCAUGUUGUGGACUUAAGAUAAUAAUUUUAACUGUGAUCAUGUGCUUGUCAUGACAAGUGGAGGCUAUGAUCUUUAUUA